AUGAACCCUAUUCCCUUCGAUUCGAUUAAGGACGGUGAAGGUUGCUACAUUAAAACCUUGGCAUGCUGUAUGUACUAUGGAAAAAGGACCACAAGGAUCAGUGAAGACAAAACCGUGUCCGAUGGCUUUUUUGCUUUGGAGAACAUCGUUUUUGCUAUUCAUAAAAAUGGCAAAUAUAUCCAGAAAGGAUCCGGGCUAAGAAAGCCAACCCAAUGGGAUAGACGCGCCAUAAUCGAGCUUGUACCAGAAGAAUCAAGCACGAGCUCUCCCAGUGAUACGGAACAAGAGAGUAAGCAGCAAACCCCAAUGGCUAACUCGCCAUCACCCAAAGAAAACAAGCCACCUAGCACCGAUAGCCCAAGCCAAACGAACGAUCUUACUGGCUCUCUCGCCGAAACACAACAAGCAAAUGGUCAACCUCCCAACAGUGCGGCAAAGGAAACCGUGUGUGAAGCAAAAACUGAGUCGGAAUCGGACGAAAAUGAUCCUGAAUCAUCACAGAGAGAACCAAACUCUUCCGACGAUAUUGGAUUUCUUAUGGCAAAGAGUGAGCAUGAUACACUUUCGAAAGAAAUCAAAGAUCUAGAACUCGAACUAGAUCAAAAAAAACGGAGAUUGUUUGAAUUGGAAGAGAUGGCUAAACAAAAUUUGACAUGUACGCAUGCCGCCUUUUUGCAGAUCAUACGGCCAAUGAUGCGCAUAUACUACAACCCAGAAAUCAAUGACGAAAAUGAUUGCUGUAGAAAAUUCGGCGAGUUUAUAGGCAACCCGGAGCUUCUAAAGCCAAUCAUUGGUAAAAGAAAUGUCAAUGUGCACGGCAAAAUUUUCCACUCCCUUACGCAAAACUGCCUUCCUGCGUUCGAAGCAGAGCGGAAGAAGCUUUUGGGGUAUUUGGAAUCAAUGGAAGAAGGAUUUAAGGAGUUUUCGCUUUUGUGUUUCAAAUGGGAUAAACAACAAAUCCCUCUCCAAGAGGAGCCCUGUAGUGAGCAAAGCGCUAGAAUGGAACGAGAACCCUACCAGAACCCAUUACAAACUAGCCCUAGCAUGGAUAAUAAUGCAACUUCGACUGGAAAUUCCAACACUUAUCCUCCACAGCAUGUUCAAUGUCUACAACUGCAACCUAGUGCGCAACAUGCUGUACAUGCGUUCCAACCAUCCGUUCCAACACCGAUGUCGACUCAACAUCUUCGUCAAAUGCAAACAAUGCAAGAGUUCCACCCUUUCGCUUACCCUCAGCAAAAUUAUGUCACGCCCUUUCACGCCCAAUCUUCUCCACAGUCAGGGUUUUUUCCUCCGGGAACGACAUGGCUCACCAGCAAUCCUUUAUCCUACCCAAUUUGCAGCUCCAUUGGAGCUGAGACCGGCGCUUACCAACAACCUGAAGAUCAUGAAGACGAUGAUGAUUAA